GGACUGCAAGAAUAUGGAUCCUUCUUCCGGUCAGCGAGUUUAGUAAUCCGAUGCCGGAGCUAUUCGAUCUUUGUCAGUCCUACUCGGACGACCUGUUCUUCGAUUUUUUACAAAACACGCCGGAUUUGAAAAAUUUCUCUGAUCUCAGCAUGCCUUGCCAUGGUAAGUGUCCAAUCUAUAGAAUUGUGAUUUGGAUUCUUUGUUGCGCAGCCGCCUGUGAUAGAGAUUCCACUACUCAUAUCUACGUUCGUUAUCCGCAUGGGCCGGACAUUCUGGGCUAAAAGCAUGUUUACAAAACUGAAAUGACCACUGCUUCAAAGCAAGUAUCACUGCAAAUCAGGUAGAACACAUGGCCUCAUGGCGUUUGAGUGGGUGUCACGAGGCCGCGAUAUACACCACAACUCGUAAACUAUGCCAGUGACGCGGCGAAAGGUGUAUCGGCCGUGGUACAAGGUUUCGGCUGUCCCUGGACCAUCUUCUGCCAGGACUUGUUUUACGAUGGUAGUUGGUCUUCCGCAGCGUGGGCCUGAAAUGGAGGGACGGAGUACUAAACCAGGGGUGUUGGCUGGGCUUCCCCGCAUUUAAGCCAACCAGUGGCCGACGGCGAGCUCCCAUCGCAUGUCGGAGCGCAGUCCGAACCUCCUCAUGAACAUGGACAUGUGGCUCAUCCAAUUGCAAACCCAAGUCAUUGAGCAGGUUGACCGUUGGAUUUGCUGGCACUCCUGCAAAGCUACGCCUUAGUGAACCUGAUAGGCCAAUUGCUAACAUAUCCUUCCUGGCUGGCACUUGGACCAACGGCACGCGUCAAAUGCAAAAUACAUUGCUAUUCGGCCGUGAUGCCCUGCAUGUGUCUCGAAGGUCGCCACGUCAUAUCACAUUGAUGUACGGAGAACAGUUCAUCUCUUAAGAAAAGAAGUCAUAUUCAAGCCGGAGGCCCCACCGGAUGGUCCAAGAUGUCGAACUCUUCUCUUGAUCCGGGUCACAGACAAUGGCACGCCUUGGCGCUAUCGCGGAAAAUAUAGCCCUGCUGGCAUUGUUAAAUCCGAAGGAGCCAGUUCUGGAAAACCCCAUCCCAUCUAAAUUCAUUGAUGAUGGCCGUGCGUCGCAUUUCAUAUUGUCAUUCGAGGACGAGCGGCGAACAGCAGAGGCAUUUGCCAUUUUAUUGUCAAACACAGAUAAUCCUCGGAAGGUGGGCGCUGUUUGCGUCGAGCAGUCGCUCGAUGGACACAGCCUUACCAUUCGGACUGCUGUAAAUGCGGGACCCCAGACAGAUCGAAAAGAUGCAUUCGCCAGAAUAACCAGUGCUUUGAGGAAGGCCUCAUGUUCAGAGCCCCUGAAAAAGCAAGAAGAUGUGCUGCUGAACGAGAUCAUCGGCGCUUGCCAAUUGCGAUUACUUGGUCGUCUCCGAUCGCGUCAUGCGAAGUCCUCGCGACAAUCGGGAAGAGUGCCAUUUAUACACAAGCUUCGUGAUAACCUGAAACUGCUGGACUGGGACCAAAACCCUCCUAAAGAUAUUGACUUCUAUUGGCAGCAAGUCGAUUCUUUGAUAGAUUUGUUUGGCGAUCUUGAAAGCCUUCCACCUCGUGAUGCAAGAUCAGAAUCAGGGAGGGCAAUCCUUAACGAUAUCAUACGUCGUGUUGGGCGGGUACUUCGUCCUAUUGAUACCAGGUCAAUUUUGAACAACCCCAGUCAUCCCAGGUACGACAUGAUCAGGAGCCUCAAUAAACUUCAUCAGUAUCGCCAUGCGGCACGGUACCUCUUAUCAGCGGCCCGGAAAUUCCAUGCUUUCCAUGACUUACGCAUAGAAGAGGUCAAGCCUUUUGGUGAGAGCAAGACUGGUGCCGAGUCGUUAUCUGUUCGUCGAGGCCUCUUUAGUCGUUCUCUUACUUCGCGUAGACAGAAGAAUUUUGUGCGUUUGGUUCAAGAGCAAUCGGGGAAAAGUUUAAGUCAAAUUGAACAAGAACUGCAGAAGCAUCCCGAGCUGGACAAACGAGUGCACGCCGAAAUUCAGCUGCUGUUUCAUUACGAAUGUCAAAUGAAUACGGUCACUCAACCCCGGGUUAUCGUAUCCACUAAACAGGCAUGCUUGUUGUGCGAUUUGUUGAUAAAAACCCACGGGGGCUUUUAUACGCCUAGCUCCCAUGGGACUCUCUACCCGCGGUGGAGGAUUCCCCGAUCUGAUGAAGUGAGUUUUCCGACACCUGCGAAAGCUCGAAUGGUGCAAUGUUUGGAUCAGUUCAACCGCGCACUUGAAACCAAGAUCAAAAAGUUUGCGGCACAAAAAUGUGUCAUACCCAACGCCCCGGAGAGCGUUAUCUUUAGAUCAUACAAUCACUCCACUUCAUCUACAGUCCCGACACCGACAACAGCCGGGAAGGGAUCUGAAGGAAACCCGGAAGUGCCGAUAAAUCGCGGUUUUCCCAGCGCACGAACCUCGAUAAGAUCUCGUGUGUCUUCAAUAUCGACAAAGCUGCCGGCAUCAACGAUAGAAGAUGACGAAACGAAGUCAUCACGGCCACUUAGAUCUCCAGUUCAGUCUGAUACAACACCUUGUCCUUGCCCGCCAAAACCAAAGCGUGCUCUUUCCCUUUCAUCUUCCCAGACCUAUGCGCAAAGUGCGCUAAAACAGCCGAGAAUUCUAACCCGCGGAGUCCCUACGACUUACACCAUGUCACCCGGAUCUGUAGCCCAGUUCCAGGCCCCACGAAUCCAUCUAGACUUAUCGUACGAGCAAGCUUGCGCCUUGGAGGGCUCUUCGCUCUCCCCCUCCUGCACCUCCGCAAGGAGUGCUCUGAUCCCGAGCACUGCUGAAGCCCAUGAGGAUCUGACACUGCAGGUCGAGUGGUUAGACGCAGAGAAUACCAAACUUGGUGGAUUGCUGGAAAGGAUUGUCGACAUUGCAUUCCCGUGGGCAAGGAAGAGGAGGAAAAUUGCUGAUGGGGCUCUGUUCAAAGGGCAUGGCUUGGUGUUUGUGAAUAAAGACAACGCUGUUUCUCUGAAGGCUAUUGGUCCAGGGUAGCCAUUUCUACGAAGCAUCAUAUUCUCGGUGGAUUUUUUUUAUACUUCUUGAUCUG